CUAUAUUCUGAGAAUGCAAUUGAAAGGUUGAAUUCGGAUCAGAAUUAGGUUGAAGAAAGAAAAAGAUGCUGCUAAGAAGCUCCUCCACCCCUGUUCUUGGAUCCCUUAUUCCAGAUAGCUCCGGCCACCACCACAACCACCACCACCACCACCCGUCGGAGCUCGCGACGCCGACCCACCACCCCCAGUUCAAGAAAUUCUUCUUCGGGCCCCGCAAAAUUUCCUGCAAUUCUUCCCCAAGCUCCCCUUCAGUGUCCGAGGUUUCCGGCAAAGGGUUCAGAAAAGUCCUGUCGGAGGGGAACUUGGAAGUUCUGGGAUUCCCCGAUCGCGAGCUCACGCUCGCUCUCCCCGUCAAUGGCGGCCUCGAAACCAUCCCGUCUUUCUCCUACCGCGGCUUGAGAGCCGGAUAUGGUGUCCAAGAGAGCGAAGAAGAAGAAGAAGAAGAAAUUGACGGGGCGGGAACGGAGAUGUGCCUUGUGACGGGAAACGGAGCCGGGGACGCCGGCUCGGACUGUGGCGGCGGCGGCGGCGGAUAUAGACCGGUGGACUUUUACAGCGGAGGAGGUGACAGCCAUGGAUUCAACAUGGAGGAUCAUUACAAGAAGAUGUUGGAGGAAAAUCCCAGCAACCCUUUGUUCUUGAGGAAUUAUGCCCAAUUCUUGUAUCAAACAAAAGGAGAUGCAAAAAGAGCAGAAGAAUAUUACUCAAGGGCAAUUUUGGCAGAUCCAAGUGAUGGUGAAGUUCUUUCACAGUAUGCAAAGCUGGUGUGGGAGCUUCACCAUGAUGCUCAAAGAGCCACCACCUAUUUCCAGUGUGCUGUUCAAGCUUCUUCCCAUGACAGCCAUGUUCAUGCUGCAUUUGCCAAGUUCUUAUGGGAGGUUGAUGAUGAUGAUGAUGAUGAUGAAGCAAGUAAUAAAGCACAUAAGGUGAUGACCACCAUACAACCAGGACCAGUGCCAUCUGCAGCUGCUUGUUAAUGGGGGGAUUGAAUCACACCAGGAAAAUUCAUCAUUUUUUUAAAGAAAAUUAUGAAUAAAAGAUUCUUAGGAGGGCAAGAAACUCUACCUCCAUGAGUUUUUGUGCAUAGGUUCUUUGUCUAGUAUUAUGAACAUGUUUUUUUUUGUUUUGUUUUCACUUGUCUUCAGUUCAGUUCAUUUACACAAAAUAGAAAUAGAUUUUUCUUGGUCUUUUUGGAGGAAAAAUAGCAUAAAAUUUACUUCCAAUU